CUGCAGGCACUGUGGGCCAGUGUGUGCCAGACCAUGCAGCACUACCCAGCCUGGGGACACUACGACGUGUGUAAGUCUCAGGUGUACACGGACGAAGGCCUCACCUGGGAUUACAUGGCCUGCCAACCUGAGGCCAUGGACAUGACCAAGUACCUGAAGGUUACGGUGGACCCACCCAACAUCACCUGUGGAGACCCACCUGAGACAUACUGCGCCCUGGAGAACCCGUACAUGUGUAACAAUGAAUGUGAUGCCGAAAACGAGGACCUGGCCCACCCACCGGAGCUCAUGUUCGAUUUCGAGGGCCGCAACCCCACAACCUUCUGGCAGUCCAGUUCCUGGAAGAAGUACCCCAAAGCCCUCCUGGUCAAUAUCACACUGUCGUGGAGCAAAACCAUCGAGCUGACCGACGACAUCGUGGUCACCUUUGAGUCAGGCCGCCCGGAACAGAUGGUUCUGGAGAAAUCUCUGGACUACGGUAAGACCUGGCAACCCUACCAGUUCUACGCCACAGACUGUCUGGACGCUUUCACCAUGGAUGCCAAGACUGUCCAGGACCUGACCCAGCACACUCUCCUAGACAUCAUCUGCACUGAGGAAUACUCCAGGGGCUACGUGUGGAAGUAUGACAAGACGGUGCGCUUCGAGAUCAAGGACCGCUUUGCACUGUUCGCCGGACCACGGCUCCACAACAUGGCGUCCCUCUACGGUCAGUUAGACACCACCAAGAACCUGAGAGACUUCUUCACCAUUACAGACCUGAGGGUCCGGCUCCUCCGACCAGCCACAGGGGCCACCAUGGUAGACGAGAACAACCUGUCCAGAUACUUCUACGCCAUCUCUGACAUCAAGGUCCAGGGAAGGUGCAAGUGUAACCUUCACGCCAAUAGUUGUGUGUUUGACAAAGAGACGCUAAAUUGUGAGUGUGAGCACAACACCACGGGGCCGGACUGUGGCCGCUGUAAGAGGAACUACCAGGGACGGACGUGGAGCGCAGGCUCCUAUCUACCCAUCCCCAAGGGCACGGCAAAUACCUCUCCUCAAGUUGCUUUGUCAACUGUCCCUUCAGUUCAAGUUGCAAACAGCAAGCGAGACUGCGAAUGCUUUGGACACUCCAACCGCUGCAGCUACAUCGAGCUGCUAAACUCUGUCAUUUGCGUGAGCUGUAAACACAACACUAGGGGCCAGCACUGCCAGGAUUGCAAGCAGGGCUACUUCCGAAAUGCUUCUGCGGAGCUGGAAGAUGAGAAUGUGUGCAUAGACUGUAGUUGUAAUCCCUAUGGCUCAGACAGUGUUCGCUGUAAUGGCACAGGAUUUUGUAAAUGUAAGGAGGGAACUACAGGGGCUAAGUGUCGAGAUUGUCUGCCGGGAUAUUUGUGGGACAAUGGCUGCAAAUCCCGAGUGUGUGACAACGAGCUGCUGCGCUGCCAGAACGGCGGUGUGUGUCUGAACAACCUGCGGUGCCAGUGUACCGCAGCAUUCACGGGCCUGCUGUGUGAGAAGCCCCGCUGUGAGUCGGAGCUGGGGGGCUGUGGUGGGCCCGACUCGGGCCAAGCCGCCCUCUCGUCUACACCACUCUCCACCUUGCUGCUGCUCCUGCUGGGCUCGACGCUGCUCAGAGAGGCCUCCUACAGGCCCACCCUGCUCUGA